AUGAUCUACAGCAAAUCCUCUGAGAUAGGGGGGAGUUCCUUACUGAGAUCUAGACAGCCAGGUGAGGAGAGUUCCUUACUGAGAUCUAGACAACCAGGUGAGGGGAGUUCCUUACUGAGACCUAGACAACCAGGUGAGGGGAGUUCCUUACUGAGAUCUAGACAACCAGGUGAGGGGAGUUCCUUACUGAGAUCUAGACAACCAGGUGAGGGGAGUUCCUUACUGAGAUCUAGACAGCCAGGUGAGGAGAGUUCCUUACUGAGAUCUAGACAACCAGGUGAGGAGAGUUCCUUACUGAGAUCUAGACAACCAGGUGAGGGGAGUUCCUUACUGAGACCUAGACAACCAGGUGAGGGGAGUUCCUUACUGAGAUCUAGACAACCAGGUGAGGGGAGUUCCUUACUGAGAUCUAGACAACCAGGUGAGGGGAGUUCCUUACUGAGAUCUAGACAACCAGGUGAGGGGAGUUCCUUACUGAGAUCUAGACAACCAGGUGAGGGGAGUUCCUUACUGAGACCUAGACAACCAGGUGAGGGGAGUUCCUUACUGAGAUCUAGACAACCAGGUGAGGGGAGUUCCUUACUGAGACCUAGACAACCAGGUGAGGGGAGUUCCUUACUGAGACCUAGACAACCAGGUGAGGGGAGUUCCUUACUGAGAUCUAGACAACCAGGUGAGGAGAGUUCCUUACUGAGACCUAGACAACCAGGUGAGGGGAGUUCCUUACUGAGACCUAGACAACCAGGCGAGGGGAGUUCCUUACUGAGAUCUAGACAACCAGGUGAGGGGAGUUCCUUACUGAGACCUAGACAACCAGGCGAGGGGAGUUCCUUACUAAUUAGUGACCUUAAUUCAUCAAUCAAGAACAAGAGAGGAGCAAAAACCCGCAGACACUCGGCCCUCUGUGGAAUGAGUUUGACACCUGUGCUUUAAGUGGUCCGCAAAACAUAUAAAAUACUUAGGAUUCUUAAUAAGUGCCAACAAAUAUAUAAAGAUAACUUUAUUCCAUUACUCAACCACAUGAAAGCAGAUCUAAUUCAAUGGAAUAAUCUUCCCAUGAAUCAUACAGGGAGAAUAAACUCUUUAGAACGGCAUGGCUGACAAAAGGUUUUGGUUUUAUUUUUGGUAAUACCAAUUACCCCACCGAAGACAUUCUUUAAAAUGUAUACUCUGUCAAAACAGACUUUAUGGGCAGUUAAAACUCAUAGAACAUCUUCCCGAGUCUGAGGGUGGUUUUAACCUUCCUGAGUCUG